AAAAAUGCAAAGUUACAUUUUAAAAAAGUCUAUUUUUUUCUUUGAAAUAAAAACACAAAUGACACUCCAACAACUGAAGACAGAUCGUGAAGAACCUUCUAACGAUUUCAUUUUCCGAUCAAAACUUCCGGAUAUCUCCAUCCCCAAUCACAUCUCUCUCACCGAUUACAUCUUCCAAAAAUUCUCCAGCGACGGCGACGGAGACUCUACCACUACUUGUCUCAUCGACAGUGCCACCGGACGUAUCUGUACCUACGCCGAUGUACAAAUCUAUUCACGGCGGAUCGCCGCCGGGUUCCACCGGCUAGGGAUUCGCCACAGUGACACAGUGAUGCUCCUUCUUCCGAACUCGCCCGAGUUUGCUCUAUCUUUCCUAGCCGUCACUUACCUCGGAGCUAUUUCCACCACCGCGAAUCCGUUCUAUACGCAGGCUGAGAUCUCAAAACAGGCAAAAGACUCCGCCGCGAAGAUGAUCAUCACGAAGCGAUGCAACGUCCAUAAACUAACAAACCUUCAAAACGACGGCAUUUUAAUCGUAUGCGUUGAAGACAGAUACAACGACGUUUCGUUGGUCGACGGUUGCGUGAAUUUCAAGGAACUGAUACGAGCGGACGAAACAGAGCUACCUAAACCGGAGAUCUUGCCGGAGGACACGGUGUCGAUUCCGUACUCCUCCGGUACCACAGGGCCUCCAAAGGGAGUGAUGCUUACUCACAAGGGAUUAGUUACGAGCACAGCUCAGAAAGUCGACGGAGAAAACCCUAAUCUGAACUUCACCGGAGAUGACGUCAUCCUAUGUUUUCUCCCAAUGUUUCACACUUACACGCUUAACGCGUUGAUGCUUUCGGCGAUGAGGACCGGUGCGGCGCUCUUGAUCGUGCCGAAGUUCGAGUUGAAUCUGGUGAUGGAGCUGAUUCAGAGGUACAAAGUCACGGUGGUUCCGGUGGCUCCUCCGGUGGUUUUAGCAUUCGUUAAGUCCCCGGAAACCGAGAGAUACGACCUGAGUUCCGUGAGGAUGAUGAUUUCAGGUGCGGCGACACUCAAGAAGGAGCUCGAAGACGCCGUGCGUCUCAAGUUUCCCAAUGCCAUUUUCGGUCAGUGUUAUGGAAUGACUGAGGCAGGAGUGGUGGCUAAGUCACUGGCAUUUGCAAAGAAGCCAUUUAAGACCAAACCAGGUGCGUGCGGGACUGUGAUCAGAAACGCUGAGAUGAAAGUGAUCGAUACCAUUACCGGAGUCUCCUUACCGCGUAACAAAUCUGGCGAAAUCUGCAUCCGAGGCGAUCAACUCAUGAAGGGUUAUUUGAAUGAUCCGGAGGCUACUGCGCGAACCAUAGAUAAAGACGGAUGGUUACACACAGGGGACAUUGGGUUUGUGGAUGAUGACGAUGAGGUCUUCAUUGUUGAUCGUUUGAAGGAACUGAUCAAAUUCAAAGGCUAUCAAGUGGCUCCAGCUGAGCUUGAAGCAUUGCUUAUUUCUCAUCCUUUUAUCGAAGAUGCUGCCGUUGUCGCAAUGAAGGAUGAAGUAGCUGAUGAGGUUCCAGUAGCGUUUGUUGUAAGAUCGGAGGGGUCUCAGCUAAGUGGAGAUGAUGUCAAGAGUUAUGUCAACAAACAGGUGGUUCACUACAAGCGAAUCAGGAUGGUAUUCUUCACUGACUCUGUUCCUAAAGCUCCAUCGGGGAAGAUUUUGAGGAAAAAUCUUAGAGCAAGACUAUAGCUAAGGGAUUGAUGAACUCAACUUUAAAAUGAUAUAUGAAUGUAGAUGCAUGUAAUUUUAUCAGACACAAAUAAAAGAUUUGUUGAUGAACAAAGGUUAAGUUGCUUUUUUCAAUUUAUUAGCUAGUUUUGGUUCAUCAAUCUAGUCUAGCAAUGAGGAUCUUCGAGCAAGACUAGCU